AUGAAACACACUUUGGGAUAUUGCCCAAGAGUUGAAGAAGAAAAACAACCAACGAUAGAAUUUGAAACAAAGGAACCAACAUGGAAGGAAGUUUGUGAGGUGGUAAAAAAGGCAAGAACAGGAUCAGCACCUGGGUACAGUGGUGUACCAUACAAAGUCUACAAGAAAUGCCCAAAGAUACUUAGAAAACUGUGGCAGCUAUUCCGAAUACUAUGGAAAAAAGGAACCAUUCUUGAGAGCUGGCAGAAAGCAGAAGGAUGCUUUGUACCAAAAGAAAAGGAUUCAAAAGAUAUCUCACAGUUUAGGACAAUUUCAUUGUUGAGCGUCGAGGGAAAAAUCUACUUCUCUGUAUUGGCAAACAGGAUGACAAAGUAUAUGGUAGAGAACAGCUACAUUGAUACAUCUAUGCAGAAAGGGGGUAUUGCAGGGUUUUCAGGAUGUGUAGAACAUACAAGUGUCCUUAUCCAACUCAUACAUGAGGCAAAGACAGGAAAGAAGAACUUGGCAGUAGUCUGGUUAGAUCUGGCAAAUGCGUAUGGAUCAGUACCACACAAAUUGAUAGAGAUGGCAAUGGAUCACUACCACAUUCCAGAACACAUCAAGAAAAUAGUCUUAACGUAUUUUGAUGGAAUACUGCUGCGAUUUACUGUAGAUAACAAGACCACAGCAUGGCAGAAAUUAGAGAAAGGAAUAGUUACUGGUUGUACCAUCUCACCAAUACUAUUCAUUAUGGAUAUGAAUAUCAUCAUGAAGGCAGCAGAAAGAGAAACAAGAGGUCCAAAGACAGAUUCAGGGAUUUUUCUACCAGCAACAAGAGGGUUCAUGGAUGACCUUACAGUAACAACAUCAUCCCAUAUUCAAGCAAGAUGGAUACUGACAGCACUGGAAGAAGUAGUCACUUGGGCAAGGAUGAAAUUUAAACCAAGGAAAUCAAGAUCAAUGAUACUGAAAAAGGGGAAGAUAACAACAAAGUUCCAGCUUAAGAUCCAAGGGGACGAAAUACCAACAAUAGUAGACAACCCUAUAAAGUGCCUUGGAAAAUGGUUUGAUGAUACCCUUAAAGACAAUACCAGUGUGAAGACAGACAGUACAAACUCAGGUUGUAGAAUGGCUUAA